AUGCAGGCAGCCCCCCUCGGCCUUCGGGUGAUCACAGGGGGACACUAUGAUGUGGACUGCUAUGUGGAGGACCCCAACGGCAGGACUAUCUAUAAGGAGACCAAGAAGCAGUACGAUAGCUUCCCACAUCGAGCCGAAGUGAUCACAGGGGGACACUAUGAUGUGGACUGCUAUGUGGAGGACCCCAACGGCAGGACUAUCUAUAAGGAGACCAAGAAGCAGUACGAUAGCUUCCCACAUCGAGCCGAAGUCAAGGGUGUCUACACUUUCUGCUUCAGCAACGAGUUCUCCACCUUCUCGCACAAAACAGUCUACUUCGACUUCCAGGUCGGCGACGAGCCGCCGAUCCUGCCCGACAUGAGCAACCGAGUCACUGCCUUGACACAGAUGGAGUCUGCCUGCGUCACGAUCCAUGAAGCUCUGAACACAGUGAUAGACUCCCAGACUCACUAUCGCCUGCGGGAAGCGCAGGACCGGAACAGAGCAGAAGACCUCAACGACCGGGUCUUGUACUGGUCGGUUGGGGAAACCGUCAUUCUCUUUGUGGUCAGCAUUGGCCAAGUGAUGCUGCUCAAAAGCUUCUUCACUGAAAAGAGACCAGGCAGUGGUGGAGCCAGCACCUAGGAGCCGAAGCUCUUCCUGUGCCCAGACCUGCAGGAGAGGGUGGGAGGCAGAAGGGGACAGACAGACAGCGUUCCCCUGAGUCACAGGUUUACACCUCUGUCCUUUGCAAGGUGCUGCCACGGGGAGGGGGCUGGGGAAGGAGCAGGGGAUGAUGCAACACAGCAAACGGUCACAGGCACCGGCCUCCCUGAGCAGUCCCUGCUAGCGACACUUCUCUCUCUGCCAUCGCCCUGCUGGCUCCGCGGUGCCUGCCGCUCCCUGCCCCUCGCCCAGCCUGUCUGCCCCUGCUCUCCGACUCCUCCGGGGAAGAGGGAGGACUUGCCGAGGUUUUGCAUCAACAGCCUGUCCUCUUACCUGAUGCCCCUUGCCCCUCCAGAGCCAGAUGCAAUUGCAAGAUGCAGCCCUGCGUCCAGCAAGGCCACACACUGCCCGCACGCCCCCAGCAAAGCCCCAGGCCAGCUGGGCAGGGAGCUGUGCCCAGGCCCCGCUGGCAGGAGCGCGACGAGGGGAUGGGGCAGAGCAGGCUCCCCCCCUACUGACCUUCCCAGCACCGUAGGAUGUGCCAUUAGCCUACAGAAGGAGACCUGCAGGAUUUGUGCUUCCAGAGGCCGUGGAAGAGCUAGACGCAGGAUGGGCCCACAGGGCUGCUGGCAUGCGUGAGCGCAGCUCCUCCGCGUGUCUGGAGCAGACAGGUCGCUCUCACCAUCGCUCACAGAUGCACGCUUAGCAUUGACCACCCAAGGCCGGGAGCUCCAGGAAACCCUCAUGGGCUCUAAAAGCAGAGGUGAGGUUUCAGCAGGGGCUUUUUGCUUGGUUAUUUCAUUUGCUUUCCAAGCCCCUGUCCUCACAACGAAGCACUUGCCAGGCUCUUCUCUGCAGGGUGAGCUAGCAAUAUACUUGGUAGAAGAUUAAAUUUUCCUAAUUACAUAAGUCUACACCUGGGACUUGGGCACCACAAACGACGCCUUGCCCAGCAAACAGGCAGGAGCAGGCACAGCUCUGCUCCGUCCAUGCCAAGGGAGAGACCACAGCCAGCAGGAAGCCCCCGGCCCCUUCCCCACGCUGCAGGGAGAGUGCCCUGCUCCGCUGAGACUGCAGCCCAACGGAAGCAGCACCCCUUCCCUGCCUCCCCGGAAACGCAGACCCUCCUGCUUCCCCCGGCCGCAGCAGGGAGGCUGGCGAGACGCAGCGCACGGGUGAACUGCUGUUCCCAAAUGACCCAGCAGCAACUUGUGCGUGACCUUUUGGGGACCAGAGCAUCGGACGCUGCCAUCAGCCCUCAAGCAGGCGAGCACAGGAACCACGCUCCCCCGAGCCAGAGCAGCACCACUGUAACGCUACUUUGCCACUUCGUAAUAAACCCAUAAGCUCAUG